AUGCUUAGACCAGACAAUGGGCACACUGUUGUCCUCCAGUCUUCGGACGGGGGACGCUUUUCCUGUUGUGUUACAUUGGAGGACAUCAGCGUGGAUCUCUGCACUACCUUCGCUUCUCCCCGGUCCUCGUGCGUUGGAACAUCAUGCUGGGAUGAAAUACGUGUGGUCAUAACUAGAGACGGUGUCACUCAGCGCACACGGUGGCUUUCGCCGGUGUUGGCAAUGCACCAGGUUGCAGCCGCCAAGACCAAGGGAGCCGAUGCCGCUAGAGCGCCCCCAGGCAUGUCCUCUGGUGUCACUGAGGUGACGUGGUCCUCCAUCAACACGGCGGCAUAUAUGGUGUACUUUAGGUUGCUUGACAAGGACGUCGAUCACUCACUCGAUCCAGGACACGCACGCCCCGUGAACUUGACGAACCUGAAGUACUUGGAUGCCGACCACGGCGAGGGCAGGGGACGAACCCAUGAGAGGGUUUGUCCAAAGACAAUUAACCCUUUUGACCUGAGCGUUGAGUGUCGUAACUCCAAAAAUGUCCCUUUGGGUGCCGCGGAUGGUGCAAAAAAUCCUACCAGUGCGAAUUUGGAGGUGAUGUCGGCGUACUGUGCCAGGUGUGUGUCGAGGGUGUCGAGUGUUUUCAAGAAGGCUUCAAUCAAACUUGCUUCAGAGUUUUCAAAAAGAAGUUUGUCUGGCAAAAAAGAGGAGGUUAGCCCCUCUCUGUCCAUGAUACUUAGUAAGUACAUUAAAAAUGCGUCUGCCUUCUACCUGUGUGACAAAAAUGGGGCGGACCCCAGCGAAGCGUACAACGCGGUUGGGGGAAAACGACGUAUUUCACUGCAGCUCUUUCCGUCGCACCCAAAAUUACCCAAGAAUGAGACAGGCGUGCCUCUUACGCUUCACCUCACCAUGGUGGCUCACUACGACGGCUCCCUUACCGUUCCUGUAAGGGAUUAUCAUUCCAUGGUGGUUCUGAUCGACCAAGUGAGGUUGGAUGUCGGGAAGGUUCAACAAGAGACGGGCACCGAAAACGGUGCUGCUCGCAGGCAUGUGACAGCGUACGCCUUUGGGUUUACGUCGGAUACCUCCAAAACCAUGGAACUCCGCUACCGUUCUCUGCCCUUUUAA